AUGAACGGGCUGAGGCGCGCCUUGGGGCUGGGGCUGGGCCUGCGGGGCGUCUGGCGUCGCUGGCCCUCGUGGCCCGUUGGAGGCGCAGGGGCGGCCCCUCGGCGAGCGACACCCGGAGGCUUCUCUACUGUCCCGAGCGCUGAGCGGCCGCCGAGGCGGCGGGAGGCGGGGGGCAUCGUCGCAACAGCCGCGAAAGACCCGCGUGAGGAGGAAGAGGAGUUCGUGUUCCCCGAGUAUCACCCGGCGGAGGAGCCGGCCCUCGAGAAGCUGCUGAGGGAGCUCAUCAAGAAGGAGGAAGAGGGGGAGGAGGAGAUCCCGCAGGUGCCCCGGGAACCCCUUCCGCUGCAGGCUCCCGACGGCCAACUUCCGAAGCAGCCCCGGCGGAGGAGGCCCCACAAGGCUUCGGGGAGUCCGGAUCCCUCGAUACCCUCGAGCGGGGUGGCCUGCUCGGGCUGUGGCGCAGAGCUACACUGCCGGGACCCUGCUUUGCCCGGGUACCUGCCCAGCGCCAAGUACCUGAGCCUGCUGGGGGGGGCUGGGGAGAGCCCUGAGAAGGCUCUGGAGGAUGCCAUCUGCCAGCGCUGUUGGUUGCUGAUUCACCACCAGCAGGCCUUGCGGGUGCAAGUGACCCCCGAGGAGUACCGCAACGUGGUCAGCAGUGCCGUGCGCAGUUCUCUCCGCCAUGGCCGCCCGCCCCUGGUACUCUGCCUGGCGGAUGUGCUGGACCUGCCUGACUCCCUCCCGCCGGAUCUCCCUGAGCUGGUGGGAGAUCAAGCCAAUAUCCUGGUGCUGGGCAACAAGGUGGACCUGGUGCCUGGCGAUUCACCUAACUACUUGAAGCGCCUCCGGGAGCGCCUGCUGGAGGCCUGCACCCAUGUCAGCCUGAACCAACACAGGGGGGGCCCAAACCAGCGAGUGGUUGACGUGCACCUCCUCAGCGCCAAGACGGGCUAUGGGGUGGAAGAGCUGAUCUCCAAGAUGCAGAGCUCGUGGAAGUUCAACGGGGAUGUAUACCUCGUAGGGGCUACCAACACUGGGAAGUCGACCCUCUUCAACACACUGCUCCUGUCAGACUACUGCAAGUCCAGAGCCUCGGAUGCUAUCAGCAGGGCAACCAUUUCUCCUUGGCCAGGAACUACUUUAAACUUGCUGAAGUUCCCAAUUAUAAAUCCUACGCCUUACAGAAUAUUCAGAAGGAAAGAAAGGCUGGCAGCAGAUGCAGCAAAAACGGAGGAAGACCUCAGUGAAGAGGAGCAGAAUCACCUGAAAACCCUCAAAAAGCAGAGCUACUUGAUAGGAAGAGUUGGAAGAACAUUUCAGCUCCCACAGAAGUUGAGAAAGAACUACGAAGUUGACUUUGAUGCUGAAGCGCUCUCUUUCAGCGCGGAGGAAGAACCUACCCUUCCCUCCAAAACCACCAAGAAAGCUGAACUCUCAUACAACGAAGUGAAAGAUGCCCGCUGGUUUCAUGACACUCCGGGAAUUAUAAGAGAUGGCUGCGUUUUAAACCUCCUGAACGAGAAGGAAGUCAAGCUCGUCUUGCCUACGUGGGCCAUCACUCCGAGGACGUUUGUGCUGAAAUCUGGGAUGACCUUGUUCCUGGGGGCAUUGGGGCGCAUUGAUUACAUACAGGGAGCCCAGUCCUCUUGGUUUACUGUUGUGGCCUCUAACCUGUUGCCCGUACACAUCACGCUGGUCGAGAAAGCAGAUGCCGUCUAUCAGAAACACGCAGGUCACAAGUUACUGAAGGUCCCCAUGGGAGGCGAAGAGCGAAUGAAAGAUUUCCCGUCGCUUGUUCCUCAAGAUGUGACGUUGGAAGGAACUGGUGAUGCUGAGGCUGUGGCUGACAUAAAGCUUUCAUCUGCCGGCUGGGUGGCUGUUACAGCUCAUUCAAACAACAAAAUGCAUCUAAGGUGCUAUACUCCAGAAGGGACAGCGCUGACCAUCCGGAGACCUCCUCUGCUGCCACACAUUGUUCAGAUCAAAGGGGAACGUUUGAGAAGAAGUCCAGCCUAUAAGACUAAAAAACCCCCUCCCUUUGUGGAGAACCAAAGCAGAAAUGUUAAAAAAUAGGGGGGGGAAAUGUCAUCUGAAUGGCCAGCUUGGAGUUCUUUCCGUCUGAUUUGCUUCAUUUUGAUGAAUAUUACUGGAAGAGGAAGGAGGGUCUCAGAUAAAACUGCAGCAAGAUUGGUAUGUGGAGAAACGAGCCACGUGUGGCUGUCGGCCUGUAACGGGUGGAAACAGCAUCGAGAAGGCAAACAGCAUCUGAACAGCCUGACCGGGGGCCUAUCUUUUACUUUGCCUUUCGCAUCGUGUAGGAACCGAGAGAUCUAGCAAAACCCAUGCAUUUUUCAAUAUUGGGUUUCGGGCGGCACUUUGCAAACGGAGUCCCAUUGCCUCCCGAGAACUCAUUUCUUGCUGCAGAAACGACUGAACCUGGCUGUGAAAAAAGAGUAAGUGGGUGUCCAGGUUGCUGUGGGGUGGGACCUGGAAGUUAAGGAACGGGAAGCAAAGCCAAGAUCCAAGCAGGAGUAUGGGAGCGGGUAUCCAGUGCAGUUAUACCCCAAGGGCUUCUGUUUCACCACAGCUGAAUUGUUCUAAUAAGCUGUGGCCACGCUGAGAUUGUGAGGUUUAGACUGAGCAUGACACUGGCUGAGGCGAAGGCCCCUUUCCCUAAGACUUGCCACGAGGUGCAAGGGAUCGAGUUCAGAGGGGGGAAAGCGUGUUUGCCUCAGCCGGGGUCACGCUGAGUUAGGCCUGAAGGCCUUCAAAGUGGAGAGAGCGGACCAUCUGAGAAGCCUUCCCUACUUCCACAGGAAGGACUGCGGAUCACCCAUAGAGUGGCCAGUGGGGUCAAUGCCUUCCG